AUGGCUGCGAGAAGUUUCUUGAUACUUUGCUGUUUCUUCAGCCAUAGUGCUCUAACUUGGGCAACUCUACCAUAUUGUGGAAGUGAUUCUUAUAAAUACACCCCAUUGCAAAGGGGAGACAAUGGAAAUGAAUAUACCCUCAAACAAGUUCAUGUGAUAAUCAGGUGAGUUUUAAUACACGCAUUUGUUCAAAACAAUUUUUUUUUUCCUCAAUCUUUCGAAACUUUUACAAGAUUUACAUCAAGCUAUUUCCACGGGUUCUCAUUUUCCUGAAAUUUGGAUGUGGAAUAGUCGUUUUUAAAAUUGCGUGGUUUGUUUCUCCGAAUGUUGUAGGGAAAAGCAGACUUUCCUUAACACGAAUUAUUUCCUUUGCAAUCAGUUUACGGUUAGUUUGUACUUUAAGACUCCAAUAGGCUUGAACUUUCUUUUAAGGUGUAAGGUUGAUUUAUCGAUUGUUUGAUGAGGUUUUUUCUCCCUCUCUCUCCCUUUUCAUUUUGAGAACAAUUACCUCUCGAUCUAGAAAUAAGUUUUGCAAGUGGAUUCAUGUUCCCGGUCACGAGACUUACAAACAGUAGCGGUGACAAAAUUGUCGUUGUCUAAAGUAUUAAAUUCGACAAAACUUAAAUUCAAAACGUAACGUCUAAAUCACAAUAGAAUUUCUCCAAAUUACCUUUCCAUACUUUUGGGUUUGAUUCUGUAAUUAAUUCGCCCUAAUUUCAGUACCUGAGUUCAAUUUGUGUUGCAAAUCAUAUUGGACAGUUUGUGUUUGCAAAAAACUUUAAUAAACAGGCACCUCUGUCUGGACCAGUAUACAAAGUCACCCAUUUUUCAUAGCAGUGGCUGGCAUACAAGGUCCUGAAAAGCACUUCAUGGCACUACUGCCAGUUAAAUUAAUGUUAGGUGGGUUCUAAUACUAAUUUUUUUUCAAGGGCUGGGGUAGUUUAUUUAAGGAAUUUUUCAAAGUUGAUUUUCAUGUUUUGGGUAUUUCUUGUGAAUUGUUAAGGUCUAAAACUCUACGUGCUUUAGUGAAAUAUAGUUUUUUUUAUCAUUAUUAAAAAACUAUAAGGUAUUAUAAAUGAAGUGUUAAUUGAUAUCAUGUCUAGCUUUUUCUUUUGGGGGGGGGUGGGUGGGGGAUUGAUUUUUGUCACUAUGGAAUUAUCAUUGACACCCCUUAAAAUUCAUGAUACCCCUUCCCUCCCCUUCCCCCUAAACUCAUCUUCCAUCUUCUCAAGUCUUCCCCAAGUUAACCGAUUUCAGGAAGGCUGUUACAAUCCAAAUUGAUUUCCUCUUUUUUGUCAUUGUUGACAACAGACACGGUGACAGAACAAGAGCAGAAGCUGCUCCCUGUUGGGCUAAUGAUACAGCUGUGUGGGACUGCCUAUUGACGUCUGCUUCUCUGCCUGUCAUCAAACAUGACAUCCAUGAUAUAACAGUGGACAGGAUCUACAGAGAUGGUAGAUAUUUUAGUUAUUGCAUAUUGUAUUUUGUUCAUAUGUCAAAUCCAAAUUUUUUUAAUGUUAUCAACUUUCAUUGCAACUUUCUUUCUGCUGAUUUAUAAGCUAUUUAGUGGGUACAUUUGUGAAUUAAAAUUCAUUUUUAAUUUUCAUUGUCUAUUAAUUUCCAGCCAUCUAAAAAUGGGCUCAACAACUUUUCACAUAUUUAAUUUUUUUGGAAUAUCCAUUUUAAAAAGGGAUCAUCAAUGCAUUUGGAUAAUUGUAAGACAUGCCUUGAUUUUCGUUGUUCAAAUAUGGAAAAAUCUUGACACUUGAGCGGUCUAAUGAUUUCAUUGUAAACAGAAGUUUAUGAUAUACACCAGUCUGAGAGUUUUUUCUGUGAAUAACAAAAAGAUAAAGAAGUCCUUGAAGGAAUGAUAAAUUUGAUGCAUGUUUGUUUUUUUUUUAAAUUACUCACAGUUUACAUACCUGGUCGUAAUGUCAUGAAAGGUGAUUGUGGUUUGGGUCAUCUGACUUCUAAGGGAUACAAACAGGAGGAGGAUAAUGGAAAGAAUCUGCGCAAAGCAUAUGUUGAUACUGGAUUCCUUUCCCCCAACUACUCCAAUCACGAAAUAUUUUUUCGAACGGAUGGUGAGUGUUUUAGUAGAAGUUUCAUCUUUGAUCGAAACAAAUUAUGGGAAAGCCAGAAUUUGUGAAAAGUAUAUGUUGAUACUGGGUUUCUUUCCCCAAAUUACUUUAAUUAUGAAGUGUUUUGUUAAACAGAUGGUGACUGGUUUAGAGGUAGUUUUGUUUUUGAUUGGUAAAACUUGUGGGAAAGUUAGAGGCAAAUAACUUUGGAGGUCAGUUAUGAUGGUUCCUAUGAGGUCUAUGAAUAACAAAAGCAUAGGUGUCAGAGAUUUAAAAGCCUUGAAAUGUGUUUGUGAAGUGUCAGUGUUUAUUGAAAAAUGCAAGAAAUUAUGUUGUUGUGCACUUUUUCUGCAACUUGGAUUUUUCAUUUUUUGUUUUGACAAUUUUCACAGAUAUGUCAAGAACAAGACAGGUCAGUUCAGUAUUCACAUCAAUUGUCAAACUGUGUUUUCUCUGCAACUAUAUGUCCCAACUUUAAUCUAAAAAGUUGAAAUUUUAAAAGUUAGAUAUUCAGUUUCAUGUUGUUGAUGUUCAUUAUACAUACAGCUGUAAUAAAUAUUAACUAAAAAUACUGUAAUAUUGUAACUGUGCAGCCAUUAAGGAAAACUGCAGUUGCACUGGGCUUUGGAGGCCUUCAACUAAAAUUGACACUGUUGAAGACAAAAAUUGUUCAUUAUGCUGCCCUGUUAAAGAUGAGAAUUUUCAUAGAUUGUGGUAUUUUAGCCUUAUGGAGCCAUUAGUCAGGCUUAUUCAGACAAAGUGUGGGAUUAGAUUUGAAGAACUUUUAUGUUAGACCAAGCAUAGCAUCAACAUGGGAAACAAUCACCCCCCAUUUAGGACUUUGGGUUUAGAAAUAUACCUGUUCGCGUGAUAAUUUAUGUGAAAUUAUGUACACUUUUUUAGAUUCACUUUUGGCUGCACCCACCACACCUGUCUAGUUCAAGUAAGGGAUUGUUCUUUCUAUCAGGAAGAGGAGGUUUUAAAAAUUUACUCUCUCACAUCAUUAUGCAUCAUCUCCAUACUGUUCUCUACACAUUUGCCAAGGUGCUGACAAGGAGAAGUUUUGUAACAAUCAAGGGCUUCCUUGGUCGGCGAUCAUUUCCUUUAUUCUCAUAACCUUAAUGUGUGAUUCAGGGGUGAUAUUGUUGGGAGAAAUUUGAUGCUAGUCAUUUUUGGGGGUCAAAGGAUUAAGACUCGAAAACACAUUAUUUUCUCUACAGUCUGCUCAAGCUCUGGCUAUAGGUAUGUUUCCACCCUCUGCUCCAUUGUCAGGCAAAUCUCAAGUCGUUGACAUUAAUGUGAUGGACAAAGAAUUUGAUGACAUAGAACCAAAUGCCAAGUGAGUGAUGUAUAAGUGAUUUCAAAAUUGAUUGAUUAGUUGCACAACAGUCUCUUUAUCCCUUUAAUUCCCAAAAUCUGAUUGUUAAUCCUCUCCUCUAUCUGCUCCACCUUUUCUUGUGAAUUUGUUACAAGAAUUUUGUGUUAGAUCAAGAUAAAAAUUUCUACCUGAUGAGCUUGAGUAUUCUCAUUACCUGCUUGCUGGAUUAUAUGGAUAUUUUAGGGAGAAGUUGCAUGUGAAUCACUUCAGGGAGUUAUUUAACCCUUUACACCCUAACAUCAGUAUGCAUAUUCUCCACACUGUUCUUUAUACAUUCCUAAGGUGCUGACAAGGAGAAUUUGUUUGCCAAUCAAAAGGUUCCAUCCCUGGUGACCAUUUCUCUUUAUUCCUUUGACCUUUAAGUGUGAUUCAAGAGUGAUAUUGUAGAGAGAAACUAGAUGCUAGUCACUCUUAGGGUUUAAAGGGUGAAGAGUUAAGCUGAUUGCAUGAUCUUAGGGUGAGGGAAAGGGUGCAGUUUUUCAGGGAAUGUUCUAAUGAAUGAAAAUUUUCACAGGAUGUAGUCACCUCUGAUGGGGAUCUGAUCAAGGAAUGGAAGAAACUGUUUUGUGUGAUUGUGAAUAAGCAUUGUCAGAGCCAAGUGGGGAUGUUUUUUUUUUAGUUGGACUGGGCAAUAAGUGAAAUGUUGUCUAUCUGGGUCACCCACUGUCCAAGAUAUUUCUUAUUGCAGUUUCUUUUCUGUAUUUCACCCACACCCCCCCCCAAUGCUCCGUUUAUAAUCUUCCCCUUGGGUCAUGUGUAGUCUGGGGGGGGGUUAUCAAUUUGUUACUGAGUUGGAACACUAAAGUACAACACCUGUGAUGCAUACUACAAUUAUUUGCCUUUUCAGUCUUUGCCCUAAGUUAAAUCAAUAUCGGAAAGAGUUCUUUGCAUCUGAGUCUUGGAAACAGCAUUACAAUGAAAUAACCGAACCACUAAUGGCCGAAGUUGAAAAAGCACUUGGUCUCACAUACAAACUGAGUAAGUCCUUUAUUCCCUUUUUUCUUUCAAAGUAAAUUAGCUUUAUUCUGUAUGAAUUUAACCUACUUUUUAAAUAUUUGGCAUCUUAUUUAGUGGCUAUGUUGGGGGGGGGGGAGUGUAGGAUUUGGCCCCCAGCUUGGUCAUACCUUUCACGUUUGUGCCUUUCUCUUUGACUUCACCUCAGCAAACAAGGUAACCACCAACUAAAUCAGCAGGAUGUGCUAUUGUGAAUUAAUACAUAGAACAUAUUUGAAUUUCUUGUAAAUUUGUUCCCUGCACUUUUACUUACUCAAACUUAAGUGUAUUUUAUACGUGUUUGAUUUUUUAAACUGAUGAACGUGGACGGUGUAACCCGGAUUAUGGACGAAAACCUCUGCAAGUUGUGGUUAAAAGUCGCAUUUAAAGCUGCAUACCUGAGAAACUGAGGGGAAUGAGGCAGGUGCUUGGAGGCCAGGCCUUAAGAUACGUCAGUUCCUUUAAAGUUAUCAUUAAAUAGUCCUUCUGACGCAAGUCUGCUAUCUGAGACGUCGGCUUAAGUUUCCGUUGGGAUGUGGAGCUCCGGCUUGAUUGGCCACUUGGCUCGAAUUGGACUCUAUCUUUUUUUAUACAUGCCUUUUUUUCAUUGCAUCUUCGCAGCGCCCGUGGGUUUGAUUCAUAUAACAGACUGCCUUUUAGUCCACAUUUGUCAUGGGUUCCCCAUCCCACCCAGUGUAUCCUCAGACCUUGUGGAGCGCGUUGCCAGCGAAGUAGAGUACAUGUGGUAUGCCACCUUUGAAUACCCUACCAUACAGGAUCACGCCAAAGUGGGCAUUGGAUUUCUGAUCAGCGAGAUAUGGAUGGUAAGGAAGUGUGGCUGGUAUUUGUGAAGAGAACACCUUUGCUGCACUGUAGUUAGAAUUGAGGAAGCCGGUCGUUUAGAACAACAGCUGCUCAUGUUUCGCCUAGGAGUGGUUUCGCCCUGAAGGGAAUUCAUUUCGCCCGGACGGGAAGUCAGUUUCGCUCUGAGGGGAAGUAGUUUCCCUCCUACUGGGCGACACAAUUUAUUUUGUUAUUUAUUUUAUUAUUUUAUUAUUAACGUUGCUCUUCUUGAUGGUUCAGCGCGAUGUUGCGUAUUUUGCUUUAGAACACAACGCCAUAAAUCAAAUGACUGGUUCUUGGUAAAAUAUCUUAGUAACACUAUAUUGCUCCUUAGGCGAUGCAAGAAGCUAUGGAAGAAAGUAAAGCGAGAAAGUUUUAUCUGUAUUCUGGCCACGACUCCACAGGUACGGUAGAGUUGUUUUAUACGAAAAAAUAAUAUGUGUCGUAGUUGAGGAGAAAAAGAGGGUAAGAUACUCAAGUGAAGAUCAGGUCUUCGGCUCUUUGAUUAUCCGAAGAUAAGGGAUACCUUGGCGGUGUUGACAUCAUCGGGCUGAGAUCGUAUCACGGUCGAAUGUUUUCGUUGCUGUGGGUAGCUCCUGGCUCACGUUCGGUUUGGAAUAUCAAAAAUAAUAGUUUGAGGAUCAACUGCAAAGGGGGGGGCUAGAGUUUAGUCAGUGCAUCUCCACCUAGUAAGUGUUCGGGAAUCGCGGGUUAGGUUCGACCGCUCAGGUUAUAAUCGGUUCUAAUGGCGUUUGUUUCCUUCUUCAGUUAUGCCCUUCAUGAAAGCCUUCAACGCCAGCGACGGCAAAUGGAGCCCGUAUGCCUCCAUGAUUCAGCUGGAAUUACUGGAAACUACUAGUUCAAAAAACACGGAUUAUGCCGUAAGGCUGCUUUACCAUGGCCAAGAACGAGUCAUCCCAUACUGCCGCGUGUCUCCAUGUCCGCUGGCCCAGUUCAGCGAGUACAUGCAGGCUAUUACCCCUCAACACCCGGAUACAGAUUGCAAAGUGACCAAUGCAAGGCUUAUGAAUAAGGCACGAUCACCGCAUUUUAGGGCAGCUAGAGUUUUCGCAUAAAUAAAUCAAACACGAGCUACACGUUAACACUAGGUGAAUCGAGAAAAGGGCUAAGCCCUAACACGUGGUGACCCGUUUCCCUCGUUUUUCUAUGUGAAUGUGUAUGCCAUUUUUAAUGAUAUUGAAUGGGAAUUCAUCGUAUUCCAAUCUAGUAGACAGUUGAACUGUUUUUAUUAACUUAAUGAAACAGUCAAUUGACAACAAGUUAAGGUUAAUGUUGGGUUAGGGGAGGG